AUGCCCCAGUCCGGGGCGCAGAACAUCGGGAACUUGGUUUGGACAUCUGCCAAGGCUCUCGCAAACGGCCAGGCACUGACAGCUGCAACUUCGUCUGCAGCGGUGGCCAAGAUUUCGUCUUGUGGGCACCAGGAGCUGGGGAACAUUGCCUGGUCGUUUGCCACUCUGCGAGUGCGUGAUCUGCUCCUCCUGGAUGCCACCGGCGCCGAAGCCGUGACGGCAAUCUCCAGGUUCAACGUCCAGGGAACGUCGAACAGCGCGUGGGGAUUUACCAAGGUGAGUCAUUACCAUGGAGCCUUCUCCGAAUCCACAGCAUCCAGUGCACUUGCGACGAUGAAUGACUGGGAUCCGCAGGCCAUUGCAAACUUGGUGCAGACCAACGCAACGGCCAGCACCAUGAGUGAGCCCCUCACGACGGCCGUUUCUUUGCAGGGCGUGCAGAUCAUCACCGAGCUCACCACGCAGAACCUGUCCAACACGGUGUGA